AUGGGCUCCAUUCCGACUCCUGACCCGGUCCGACUGGCCAUUCUCGUUACAGAUGAGCCGCUGCCUAGCGUAUCGGCCAAGCUAGGCCGCUUCGACACUAUCUUCACGAACCUUCUCGAAAACGCAUGCGAAAGCCUUGACCCACCGCAUGCCCUGAAGUCUCAGCUGGCGCUGACUUCGUACAACGUGGUGGCUGAAGACGGUGUGGAUGCCGCUUACCCCGAGCCUGAGGAUGUCGAUGCCGUGCUCAUCACGGGAUCCCGGCAUUCGGCUUACGCGGACGAUGAAUGGAUUGUGAGGCUGACGGCUUUCACUCGGAGGCUUCUGGAUGAGGGCCGUGUUCGCGUCAUUGGUGUUUGCUUCGGGCACCAGAUCGUUGCUCGCGCCCUUGGUGCACAGGUUGCCCGGUCCCCCGGAGGUUGGGAGCUGUCUGUCACGGAGCUGGAGUUGACAGACGAGGGCAAAAAGGUGUUUGGGUCUGAGAGCCUGAGCAUCUAUCAGACACAUCGCGAUGCAGUUCUCGGCCUGCCUUCUGGUGUCACAUUAUUAGCCCACACCAAGCAAUGCCCAAUUCAAGCCCUAUAUGUCCCUCGGAGGUUCAUCACAGUGCAGGGCCACCCUGAGUUCUCACCUUUCAUGAUGAGCGAGAUGCUACAGAUCCGCCAUCAGGCCGGCAUUAUUCCGGAAAAGCCUUUCAAGGACGCCAUGUCAAGGUACUCGGAUGCUCACGAUGGUGUUUCCAUUGGGCGAAGUUUUCUACGCUUCUUGAGGGAGUGA